GCUGCAGAGCACGCAUAGGAAUAGCAAAGUCCGGGGUAUCGUUCCGGUGAAGCUUCAACUCCAAUAAGUGACGAAAGGUACGUCAACAAAGAAAAGACAUCGACCUCAGGCCUACUUAGCAGAAGCACUCAAUUGAUAUCCAACCUUCACUCCUUGGUUCUUUAGAAUCGAUCUAUUCUUACAAUGUCUCGCAGCGAAGAGGGAGAAUGCCAACGCUCUCCGCGGGAAGCAUACUCACCAAUUUAUUUCCCUCGUCGUCCAGCACCGGUUGAUGUCGCCAACUACCAUGGCGAAUCGGUUUUCUGCACACCACCUCUUUUCGGGCCUCUCCUUUUCGAUAAUGUGGACUCCGACUGCCGCGACCACUGUGCUAACGAGCGAACGUUUCUCUCCUACCUCCGCCUUUCCAUUUAUAUGACUAUCGUUUCCCUCGCUAUAGUCCUUUCUUUUCAUUUAAAAUCUACCCCCACCCAGCUCGAACUGCGCAUGGCACAACCUCUGGGCAUAAUCUUCUGGGUACUGUCUCUCCUUUGCUUGGCCUUAGGAUUUGGGAACUACAUGAAGACGGUUAAUAAGUACAGUCGGAGAGUGGCUAUUGUGCAGAGUGGGUGGAAGACUCAAGGGGUUCUCUCAACAGUUGCAGUCUCGAUAAUAGCAGUUUGUGUUUUAUUCUUGGCAACGAGUUCGAAAAGAGCCUAGCAUGAGGAACCGUAGUAUCAGAGUUCACAAAGGUAUUGCACGAUUUCAAGCCAUUUCGUUUAUAUUGCAUGAGCUAUGCCAUAAUGGAGCCCAAUAUCUUAUUGCAUGACAUUUCGGAUUCGACUUUUUGGCUUCAGUCCUUCCCAGAUGACUUGGUGAUAUUUGUUUCUAGACUUCACGGUGUGGCCAAGUAGCACUUUGAAGCGUCCGUUGAGGAUACAAAGGUACGCCGAGGAUGUAAUGAAGAGGAUAGACUAAUGUAUGAUGAAGUAAAAAUAGCUGGCCACUUAGCAAUAUUUAGGUGGAUUUGAAGAACUUUGCGAUGUGAUGAAACUAAGUUUUGAGUGUGCAAAGCUAUCAGAAAGACGAAGAGAGAACUGACCAUUUCUGGAGACUCUGGAUUACUAUGAUGAUGAAAAGUUCAAGUGUUUGGCUAGCAGUAACCUGUGGCUGGUUCUUGAAUGUCUGUCUGAUAAUUGACUGAUGAUAAAUCUACUUUAGUAAUUUUACA